AGCUAGACUUUUCCUCUCCACCCUCCUCUUCCUCUUCCUCUACCUUUCCUCUUCCUCCCGAUCCCUUCCUCGCCCACGCUGCUCUCAUGCUCUGCCCUACCCAAUCUCCCCUAUAGUCCACCGUCGUUGUGCUCCUCCACAACAGCCAGCCGGUGACGCGCGUCGCCGCCGCCACCGCGUUCAGGUUCCUGCCUCACCGGGUCCUGCUGUCUCCAUCCCGUCCAUAGCACCACAACUUCUCUCUCUUUCUUCCAUCCCGAGUCCUAACCUACAUCCGCCGCCCUGCUGUACCGUACCGUCACCGCCGACGCCUCAAUCCCACGCCCCCCGGCUCAGAACACCCCCUCCUCUCGCGCGCCGCCGCCGCCGCCACCGCCGUUCCUGUUCAUCAUCGUCGGGAUAUCAAGAUCCUGCUUUCUCCACACCGUCCGCAUGUCUCCGAUUAUUUAAUUAUACACGGCAUUGGUGUCACGAUGUGCCAUACACUUAUUAAGCUGUACCAGAGUCAAUACCCAUUCCGAUGUUCCUAAGGUCCUGCUCAAGACAAAGAGAUGGAAGGAACUGAGCUAGAGAAUCCAACUUCCAGGAACCCAUCUCAGAAGUCCAGCCGCCGUUCCAGCAGCCGGCGUUCUCAGAAGUCAGCUGGACAGCAGUCUUCCCCCACCGUAUUUCCAGAGAAAAGAGGCAAAUCCAGAUCUUUGAGGCAGAAGCAUGCGGCGGCUGACGGUAAAGAUGCCAAGAAGGGUAAAAGCCACGAGCGUAGGGCCGACGUGGUGGAUGAGAUGUCCAAUUUUGUAGGUUUUGAAGUCUAUUCUGGGAAGUUGUUUUUCGACAGGAAAAAUAAAAGUAAAGGAGUGGAUGAUCACUUGGCAGCUAACAGGAAAGCUGAUGCAACUGAUGCAAGGCUCACAAGUAAAGCCCUGAUAUGGGGUUCCACUGUGCUCAGCCUUGAGGAUGUCAUCUCUGUAUCUUAUAAUUCUGGUGCCCAACAUUUUACUUUACAUGCGUAUCCUGCUAAGAGCUCUUUCUUUGGAAAGACACAUAGAGUUCGGACGGACUUCCGGUUUAUAGCCUCUACACUAGAUGAGGCCAUUUUGUGGGUAACAUGCUUUGCUGAACAGAACAUAUACAUCAAUGUUCUGCCACAUCCUUCAGCAGAGCAAGAGGCAGAUGCCCCCCUUGGUGGGGUUUUAUUUGAUUAUCCGCCGAUCAAAUCUAGAACUCCGCAGAGAAUACUUGUGAUAUUGAACCCCCGAUCUGGACAUGGUAGAUCAAGCAAAGUGUUCCAUGGCAAAGCAGAACCUGUAUUUAAGCUUGCAGGUUUCCACAUGGAAGUGGUUAAAACUACUCAUGCUGGCCAUGCAAAAUCUCUUGCGUCUACAUUUGAUUUCAACGCGUUCCCUAAUGGGAUUGUGUGUGUUGGCGGUGAUGGAAUUGUGAAUGAGGUGUUCAACGGUCUUCUUAGCAGAAGUGAUAGAACUGAAGCUGUAUCAAUUCCAGUUGGAAUAAUCCCUGCAGGAUCUGACAACUCACUUAUUUGGACUGUUCUGGGUGUUAAAGAUCCCGUUUCCGCGUCAUUAUUAAUUGUUAAGGGUGGCUUUACAACUCUAGACAUAUUGGCUGUUGAGUGGCUCCAAUCAGGGCUAAUACACUUCGGCACAACUGUUUCGUACUAUGGUUUUGUUAGUGACGUCCUGGAACUUUCCGAGAAAUACCAGAAGAAAUUUGGGCCUCUUCGAUAUUUUGUGGCUGGAGUACUCAAAUUUUUGUGUCUACCAAGUUAUUUCUAUGAGUUAGAAUAUCUUCCUAUGUCAGAAGAGAUGCCUGGGCAUGGAAAUGGUACAAAACAAGACAAAUCAGAUGUAAUGCGCAGCCGAUCAAAAAGAGAAGGAAUUACGCGAGCUUCCAGUUUUUCAAGUAUUGACUCUAUCAUGACUCCAAGUCGGAUGUCACUAGGGGACUUCGAUACAUCAGGGGGUACAGCGGCAAGCAGUGAACCAUCAGAGUAUGUCCGUGCUCUUGAUCCAAGAGCAAAACGGUUGUCUCUGGGCAGAAGCAACAUUGUUUCUGAACCGGAAGAAGUCCUGCGCCCUCAACCUCAUCAUGGCUCAUACUGGCCAAGAACGAGGGCCAAAACAAGGACUGACAGAAAUUCAGUUGGUGCCACGGCGGCUAAUGAUACACGGUUAUCUUGGGCAGCCCAAUCAAUGCAUGACAAAGAGGACAUUUCCUCGACAAUCUCAGAUCCAGGACCUAUUUGGGAUAAUGAACCGAAGUGGGAUACUGGGCCAAGAUGGGACACCGAGCCAACUUGGGAGCCUGACCACCCUAUCGAACUUCCUGGACCACCAGAAGAUAUAGAAUUUGCGGCAUCAAAGGAACUUGUGCCAAAUUUGGAUGAGAAAUGGGUUGUCAGGAAGGGGCACUUUCUUGGUGUCCUAGUAUGUAACCACUCGUGCAAAACGGUUCAAAGUUCACAGAUUGUUGCGCCAAAAGCGAGCCAUGAUGACAACAGUUUGGACUUACUCCUAGUUGGCGGAAGGGGGAGAUGGAAGCUGUUGAGAUUUUUCAUACUACUACAAUUUGGUCGUCAUGUUUCUUUACCGUAUGUGGAAUAUGUAAAGGUGAAAUCAGUUAAGGUUAAACCUGGUGCAAACACCCACAAUGGCUGUGGAAUAGAUGGCGAGCUUUGCCGUGUCAAGGGACAGGUAGUGUGCUCCCUUCUACCGGAGCAAUGCAGACUUAUUGGCCGGCAAUGUAAACAACCUAUCUAAGCACUGUAAAUCUGCUGGACUUCACGUGUCUUUGAGGCGCUGUAUGAUGUGUUUGUCACUUGUAACAAUUGAUUUUGAGUUGUCUAUAUAUCGUUUACUUGCUAAUGAGGAGGGUGUGUGCACAGAACGGACGUUCCUUGAGUGUUGGGACCAGAUAGACAAAUGUUGUGAUGUUGCUGUAUAUUUGAGUGAUUAUAGAGGGAUGUCUUGAUUA